ACUAUUCUAGACUCUAGUCUUUAGACAGUAGAUAAGUCAUCAUAAGUUUAACAAGUUACAAAGACUCAUUGACGCGAAGGAGUCGGACUCGGCCAGCCCAGGCUAAGCUGGCCUCUCGCAUCACUUCAUCAGUCAGAUAAUUAUUCUUUAUGUGCUGUGAAGUGCUAAUGCUGACACAUUCUAAAAAUGCGACCCACUGGUGUAGGAAAUACUACAGUAUCAUCACAGCAACUUGAGCAUCAAUUGGAUGGGUGUGAUCCAAUAUCAUGUAUAUUGUAUUCACACUCACCAUCUAUUCAAGUCUACUAUGCUCUUCGAAGUCGUUUGGAAAAUAGUUCAGAAGCAUGGCUUCAGGAAUUUGUUUCUCUGGAUGGACUGGACAGUUUACUUGACUCCCUGGGACACAUGAUUGGUUCCAAAUAUUCAGGCUUCACAGAUGCAAUCUUGCAGAUUGACUGCCUAUCCUGUAUAAGAGCUGUACUCAAUUCUCGUGUUGGCAUGGACACAAUAGUCAAUAGCACAGAUGGAAUUUACAAACUUCUGAAAGGAUUUGAUUUGGCCAACACACUCCCACGCAAACAUGUUGUAGAAAUCCUGUCAGCUAUAUGUGUUUAUAAUAAACUAGCCUAUAGACGACUAUUAGAUGCAUUGGAUCAAUAUAAAAAAUCCAGGCAUUUGUACCACAGAUUCAGUUUUGUAGUUAAUGAACUGAAAGCUGCUGAGACAUUGCCCCACAAGACAGCAGUACUGACAUUCAUCAAUGCUAUCAUCAAUUCAACUGGUGAUCGCUUUCAGAGAUGCAGAAUUCGCAAUGAAUUUAUUGGCUUGUCACUACUUGAUGUGCUGUCCUUCCUUCAGCGAGAAGAUACUGAUGAAGACCUGUAUACACAAUUACAAACAUUCAUUGAAAAAAAACAUGAAGAUGAAACAAGUGUAGAUAUCAAUUCAAAUUUAGACCUAAGUAGCCCACAGGACUUGGCUGAUGCUAUACAAAGUAGAGUUUUUGGAGGUUCCAAAAUGGUAUCAUUUGUGAAUAUACUUCAGGAUCUGUUAGCUAUAGAGAUACAUGAAAAAGAAAAAAGUGAUAUUUUAUGGCAGUUGUUAGAGAGGCACACACAUCACUUGGUGCAUGGCUGCAGUGAUGCCACAAGCUUAUCAGAAAUGGACACAGAGCAAGCUUGUCAGGCACUGGUUACAGCAGAUUUGGCCUCCUCCCCCAAAGUGAUUGCCGAGAAGAAAAUCACACCUGUGGAAAUCACUAAGAUGACCAACCAGAACAGCUCAUCCUUGAAAAAGGAAAGUUUCGGGUUGAAAGCUUACUCCGAUUCUGGAUACAUGGGAUGUGAGGAUAAGCUAAGCCCUCCUAGCUACACAGCUGACAAUGGCACAACUUUCAACUUUGGUACUAUCAGUCCUAUGACUCAUCUUAUUUCCAACAAACAAUUACAAGAUGUUGGAAAACAGCUGACUUUCCAUAACAAGAAAAAUAAAGAAAAUGUUGGGAGUGCUGAGAAUAUCCAUAGGAUCAGCAUGUAUGACAACUCUUCUCCCCUCAAACUUCCACCCAGAUAUGCUGGGCCUUCUCCUCGAAAGAGAAAAGCUUGUGGCAUUAUCAAUUCUCCCAUUGCCCAGGAUCUAAAGAAAGACACUAAAGCAGUGUUGACAAUGAAAAGAGCACCCAGCAGGCAGAGCUCUUUAAACACUUUACAAAAGGAUGUGGAAAAAAGUCCAGUUGACAAAUGCACACGUGUCAACUAUUACAACUACCAACGAAAUAAAAUUGCCUAUCCGGCUUAUGAUAUGAAAAACCUAAAAUGGAUAAAACUGGAUGAACCGGAUAUUGCAAAGUUUGCACACUGUAUAUGGCUGAAUUGUGAUGUCUCCAAGUUAAAGCUGCAGCCAGACUUUCAGCAAGUAGAAGAAGUUUUCAAAGAAAAAGUUUCCAAAAAUGAUAUUCUAGAGACAUCCUUACUAAGCAAUGCAACUAGACUCAGCCUCAAUCUAUUCUUGAACCGCCUUGAAGAAGAACCUAUAGCACUUGUUCAGAAACUGUCCACCGGAGAUACAGCAUGGCUUCCAUUGCCCUUAAUCAAAUAUUUGAUGGACAUUCUUCCAGACCAUGAUGAGAUAAAACACUUAAAAUAUUACAAUGGCAAUCUACUGGAACUGGGUCAAGCAGAGCAAUUCUUAUUGCAUCUGUUGGACUUGCCCAACUACAGGAUAUUACUUAUGGGCCAGCUGAGAAGAGCAGAGUUCACAGUGAUGACUUCACAGCUGAACCAAGUUCUGACUAGCAUGCUGGAAACUUCUAGAUCUCUUUUAGUCAGCGAGGGUCUUAAGGAAAUGUUUAUGUUAAUUUUGAGACUUGGAAAUUUUCUGAAUCAUGGUCAGUACAAUGGAUAUGCUAGUGGAUUUAAACUUGGCAGCUUGUCAAGGUUAGCAGAUGUUAAAACGUCAGAACCUGGACAUAAUCUUGUCCAUUUCAUGGUCAGUUUGGUGGAUAGUACAGAUGAGCAGCUAUUAACAUUCUUAAAUGAAAUACCAAGACUUGAGAAAGCAGCCAGCUACAGUCCAAGCCAAAUUAAAGCUGACUUUGACAAAAUGAAUUCUGAGAUUAAUACCUUUGUUCGUCUGCUGGUCAAUGCUAGUCCAAGUAUUAGAAAAGAUUUUGAUGCUUUUCUAGAGGAGGUCAAGUGUACAUUUAGAGAUCUACAGGGUCACAUUUCAGAACUGAAACUUCAAACCCACAGAUUAGCGGAAUAUUUUUGUGAGUUGGAGACAUUUGACAUACAGUACUGCUUUACAACACUACUUAACUUCUUUAAACAGUUGCGUCAGUGUCGACAGGAAGUACAACUCAUGAGAAAACAGAAAAGUAUAGCAGAGAAACAUAAUGACCAGUUCAAUCAGAAAUUGAGAAACAAACAUUUAGCCCUCAAAUUUGGUCUGGAUGCAGCUGCCAGCUCAUCCAUGGUAGAAGAGAGGAAGCCAAUGGUAGAAACUUUGUUGACAGAGCUUCAUCAUGGUAACUUUAAGCCUACAUUGAUACAGUCCUCACAUCCAAGUGCACUGUCUGCCAAGAACUCACCUAAGACCACGCCAAAGAAGUCUUGCACCACACCGGAGCGUGACUUGAAUCAAAUGGACUUGAGUGGGAUUACAUUGAUGGGAACACCAAUGAUUAACAGGCCUUCAAGUGAAAUGUAUGACGCAGACCUGACUAUCACUGCUAUAAGUACAGCUCCUAAAAUAGUUACAAGCUCAGUAAAAAAUCUUCACUCUGCUCCAUUGACUUUGUAUAGCAGACUUCAAAGAGAACCACCUGCAGUGCCUACUAAAGUUAACACUGUCAGGACACACCACAGAAGCCGAAGUGAUUUAGCUGAUUCUAUCAAUGUAACCCAGAAGUGGAUCAGGUACCAAGAGCAAGCCCAGCAGGAUCACUUACUCGUCCCCUUGGCUCAACCAGAGAGCUCUAUGAUGCUAGCCACUCUCAAUCUUGAAGCUGGCUGCAGAAAGUUUCCCUACCAACAGCCCAUCUCACUGGUAGCUGGCCCAACCAUUGCAUUGCCUCAGUGUCCUGACCAUUCCACAGAUGAUGAGGAUCUGGGUACAGGGCAGUUUGUCCGGAAUGGCAAAAGAGGAGAAAGAAAGUCAGGAACCCUUGCCAACUUUUUCAACAAGAUUGCCAAGGCCCUAAAGCAGAAGAACUCUGAGCAGAAGUCACCAGCAAAUGGGAACUUACACGGAGAAGAUGGUGCCCUCAAGGGACUGUCCAAAGUGAACAAUGGAAAUACACCAUCCAGUCCGUAUCCAGUAAUGAAGAUCUCUGACAAGGAAAAUGUUCAUCCUGAGAAUGGGGGUCAGAACAUGGUAUUUGAAAAGCAACGGAAACACCCUGCUCGGCUGUCCAAUCGCUUCCGAGGUAAAUCAGCAAAGUGAUAAUUAGUUGGUCAGAAAACAUGAGAUUCAUCAAUUUCCAAUUGGAGUACAUGUUUUUCUUAUUUUUUUCUUCACUAUUUAGUUAUAGUCUUUUUUUUUAAUGAAAAAAUCAGCUUUCAAAAUGGCUUGGGUAGGAAAAAGUAUUUCAUGUGGCUUUUAUUUGUUGUGAUUUGUAGCAUUCAUAGAAGUAUACUUUUUUCUUGGGGUUUCUUUGGGAAUAUUAAAUUAAGUACUCUUUUGUGUACUUAUUUAUUUAUUUUCUUCUAAAACAAUGCUACAAGGGCUUUUAGUGUGUGUUUUUUUUUCUCAUUCUGUGUUAUUUCCAAAAAUUUCUUGUGCUUUCAUUUUUUUUUUUGCUGCAUUUGUUAGAUUUAGCGAAAUUUAUGUUUUUCUCAAUUUUCCUAUUUACUUUUUUUAUAGAUUAAAAAAAAAUCAUCAAACAUUCAUUUUGGUUAUUUUUUUUUGUCUAGCUUUUUACAUAAGGAAAACAAUUUGGAUGUUUGGAUUUAGCCAUAAAAUAAAUAUUUUUUUCUGGUCAUUAAUACAUAUUUCUAGUAGUUUAUGCAGUAACUUUUUUUUUUUGGUCACAGUUGCACGACUAGUCAACAUUUGCUUUUGAAAUAUUUUUGAGCAUUUUUUUUUUCAAUUGUUUUUCUUGUGUGUGUGAUAAUCUUGAAGGAAUUGAUUUUGUGUGAUACCAAAAGUUUUGUAUUGCAUCAUCUGCAGCAUUCAUUGCUGAGUUGCAAUGUUGUGAGUUUAAUUUAUUCCAUGUCUCAAUCAAUUUGUACAAACAAAUGUACAGCAGUAUUACUUUCUGAACUUUGUCAUCAAGACUUUUUCUAAGAUUUAAAGCCUAGUCAGGAGCUUUACAUUAUAUUGCUAUACAUUUCUGCUACUUUAUUUGUUUUGGUUACUGUAUAUCAAAGAACAAAACACUUGUGAACAAUGUUCAAACAAUGUUACUGGAUGUCUUUCCUGUUUCUAUAUCUUGCUCACUAUCAAACUUUAGAAGCUCAAAAUUACAGUGAAAACUGCUGAUAUUUGUCAAAAUUAUAACAAAAUGGUUGUUGAGUAUACAUUUUAUUUAUGUUUUGUUGAUAUGCAGAGUUCACUACAGAAGUUCUAUAAACAACUGCUGUUUAAAAUUAAGUUCAGCACAUGCCACAUGUUGAUGUACUAUCUACAGUUCAAUUAGAUCUAGCUGAAGUCAGCUUCCUGUUACACCACAACCUGAUGUAUUAUCUUCAGUUCAAUUAGUUGAAUUCAGUUUGUUGAAUUUAUAAAUUAUAGGCUAAAAUCUGUUUAUUUAAUGUCAAGAUAUAUUUUUGAAAUUGAUGUUAAUAUUUAUUUAGCACAGUCUGUUAUUCUAGGUUUGUAUGUUAUAAAGAAGUUUAGAUUUUCAUUUACAUGUAUUUGCCAAGAACAAUAACAAGUUAAACACAGUUCCUGUGUCAGGGUUUGUUUUAAAACUUCUAUCAAGGUUUUCAGACCUGAUUAAAAAUGUUUAUUUCUCACCAAAUCUGGAAUAUCUACUUGCUAGCCAUUCUCUCUUACUUGGUUGAUGUGUCUGUAGUAAAUAGGUUGUGAUGAAGUGUAUCUCCCAUCUGUUGCUAGAAACUAAUGGAUUAUUUCAUCUAGUCUUUCCAUUAUAUCAUGCAGCAGUCAAGCCUAAGAAAGUGGUUGUUCUGGGCUACAUUGUUAUAAAUGGCAGAUCAGUAGACUAGUCUAAAAGACACAUUGACUUAAUAACACUAGAAAUUUCAGUUUUUCUUUUGAACCCAUGCGUCUUUCAAUAGACAUUUUGUAUUAGGUACACAAUUAUUACAAAAUUUAAUUUUGAAAUCCUUUACUCCAACACAGAGUUAUCAGCUAUAUGAUUCUACAAAGUAAACCUUUUUUUAUACAAUUGUAAUGGUUUUUAACAUCAGCACUAUAAUCUGUUGAAGUAUAUUGCAACAAAAUGUGUUUAUUGGUCACCUUUAUAAUUUAUAUAUACACUUAUAUAUAAAUUUUUAUUGUCUCAACGUGUGCUUCUUACUUCUCAAUUAAAAUUGUUGUCAUGAAAUGUGACUUGAUUUAUGACAAUAUUUUAUUACACAGCUGCUUAGUUUUUAGAAUUGAAGGCAGUAGCUUUUUUGUUUGUUUUUUUUCUCCACUGUAAAAAAAUAAAAAUAAAAAAAAAAUAAA